CCCACAAUGCUCAGCGAGCAUCACCACCAAGAUGGCCGACGUCAUGGAGGAGUAUGAAAAAGAAGCUGGCUGCGUCCCUAUUCUCCAUCCAGAGGAAAUCAAACCCCAAAGUCACUACAACCACGGCUACACUGAAAAUGUCACCCGCAAAAAUCACGUGGACGACUACAGCACCUGGGACAUCGUUAAAGCCACACAGUACGGCAUCUUUGAGCGAUGCAGGGAGCUGGUGGAGGCUGGAUUCGACGUUCGGCAGCCAGACAAAGAAAACGUAACACUCCUCCACUGGGCUGCCAUCAACAACAGGAUAGACUUGGUCAAGUACUAUAUAUCAAAAGGGGCCAUAGUGGACCAGCUCGGAGGAGACCUCAACUCCACACCAUUGCACUGGGCCACCAGACAAGGACACUUAUCCAUGGUGGUGCAGCUUAUGAAAUACGGUGCCGACCCGUCUUUAAUUGAUGGCGAGGGAUGCAGCUGUGUGCACCUGGCCGCCCAGUUCGGCCACACCUCAAUUGUUGCCUACCUUAUUGCCAAGGGACAGGAUGUAGACAUGAUGGAUCAGAAUGGCAUGACUCCUCUUAUGUGGGCAGCCUAUAGGACACACAGUGUGGACCCCACCCGGCUGCUACUGACCUUCAACGUGUCUGUGAACCUGGGUGACAAAUAUCACAAGAACACGGCGCUUCACUGGGCCGUGCUGGCUGGCAACACGACCGUCAUCAGCCUGCUGCUGGAUGCCAACGCAAAUGUUGAUGCACAGAACAUCAAGGGUGAAACGCCGCUUGACCUUGCCAAGCAAAGGAAGAAUGUUUGGAUGAUAAAUCACUUACAGGAAGCGCGACAAGCAAAAGGUUAUGACAGUCCAUCCUACUUGAAGAGACUCAAGAUGGACAAGGAGUUCAGACAGAAGGUGAUGUUGGGAACGCCCUUCGUGGUCAUCUGGCUGGUGGGUUUCAUCGCUGACCUCGACAUUGACUCCUGGCUUAUCAAGGGCGUCAUGUAUGCUGGCGUUUGGGUGGCUGUGCAGUUCCUCUCCAAGGCUUUCUUCGACCACUCCAUGCACAGUGCUCUGCCGCUGGGAAUCUACCUGGCCACCAAGUUUUGGAUGUACACAACGUGGUUCUACUGGUUCUGGAAUGAUCUUCCCUUUGCCACGGUGCACAUGCCCUUCCUCAUAAACACUCUGGCUCUGUUCUACAACUUUGGCAAAUCAUGGAAAUCUGAUCCAGGGAUCAUCAAAGCCUCGGAAGAGCAGAAGAAAAAGACUAUUGUGGAGCUGGCAGAGACGGGCAGCCUGGAUCUAAGCAUCUUCUGCAGUACCUGCUUGAUACGGAAGCCUAUCAGGUCCAAACAUUGUGCCGUGUGCAACCGUUGCAUCGCCAAGUUCGACCACCACUGCCCCUGGGUGGGAAACUGCGUGGGAAGUGGGAACCAUCGCUACUUCAUGGGUUACCUGUUCUUCCUGCUGUGCAUGAUCUGCUGGAUGAUAUACGGCUGCAUCUCCUACUGGAGGAUCCACUGCGCCACCACGUACGCCAAGGAUGGCUUCUGGCUCUACCUGGCCCAGAUUGCCUCAUGCUCCCCGUGGAUGUUCUGGAUGUUCCUCAACAGCAUCUUCCACUUCAUGUGGGUGGCCGUGCUCAUCAUGUGUCAGCUCUAUCAGAUCGCCGCUUUAGGAAUCACCACCAAUGAGAGGAUGAACGCUCGGCGGUACAAGCACUUUAAAGUCACAGCCACGUCCAUCGAAAGCCCCUUCAACCACGGUUGCGUCCGAAACCUCAUUGAUUUCUUCGAGAUCCGCUGCUGUGGUUUGAUCCGGCCCGUGGCGGUGGACUGGACCAUGCAGUACACAAUAGACUACGACCAGACGUCGGGCUCAGGAUACCAGCUGGUGUAAAAGUCAGCUCGAAGGAGUGUGGGACAAAGGAAGUGGCGUGGGGGCGGGGCAGGGCGAGGAAGUCAUAAAGUCACCUCCUUUUGGGACAGCUUUGGACCAUCUCCUCCUUGACAACCAUCAGCCGGGAUUAGCAUGCUGUUACCUCCUCGUCACCACCAACACGACAACGGACGGCGUGUCGCUGCUGGCCACAACAGGAAAGCCCCCUUGCAAAAUAAAAGCAUCUCGGUACUAUUAGAGACAUGAUGCUGCCCCCCUUUUCCCUUUUUGCAUUGUAAUCAUGCGGCAACCAUGAUUUUUUUUUUUUAACAAAUAAGGGAAUGUCUUUUAUUUUGCACCGCCGUGACGUGGAGGGGGUGGUCAAGCUUGGACCCGCAACCGUCGUCUUUUUAUUAGAGGGUGCAAAGUGCAGCAGACAGACUUUAUGGGGACUCGUCUGGUGGCACAAAAAUAUUUAUUUGAUAUUUAUGGAUCAACAUCAUUUUAACGGGAUAGGUUGGGUUUUUUUUUAUAAGAUGACAUAUUAAAGUAGUAGUGUAUUUAUGAUUACUGUAUUAUUAACCAUACGAGGACUUCACAAAGGUUAAUUCCAUGUGUUUGUGUCUGCCUACAACAUUGCACUGAUUUGUUUUGACUGUUUUUUGGCUGUUUGCAUUGUUUACAGAAAGAAAGCCUAUCACACACUCCCAGUGCAGUGUAAAGAAUGUGCAUCUGUACAUAAUAUGGAACUGUUUAUUUGUUUUGUUUUGUCAGUGUUGGUAUUCUUUUAUUUUUUUGGACUAAAAGUAGCUUUUAGUGAUGUCCAACACUGGUGUCUAUAGGCGACCUCCCACCACUGCAUGUAUGAUGCUCAACCCAAUGUAUAGACUCAAUGUUAUUAAGUAUUUGCAAGUCCUUUUUUGCAUCAUAUCUCAAAUCCAGUGUCAGUGCAAGUGUGUAAUAUAUAAAGCUGGGUUUGUUAUACCACUGGAUGUACAAAUUGUAAAGUAAAGACCCCUUUUUUUGUUUUUUAAAAGCAGAAAUGUGAUCAUACAAUAGGUUUUCAAUUGCCUCAUCGUCAUCAAAUCAUGCAGCUUUUGAGGUCCAAACAUUUCAUUCCCUCACAACGUUCUUCCAGCAUCAUCUCCAGUGCCUCUCCACACCAUCACGUUAACUCCGCUUCAGAUGUAAAACAUAACGGGCAUGGUUCAGUUUUAAUGGCUUUCAUAAUAAAAUACAGUCAAAUAUCAGCUUUUGCUGUUGUUGGGAGGAUGCAUCGUUUUAUUUGUACAGUUAGAAGCGUUGAAGAAAAAGAAAAAAGGUGAGAGUGUGAUGUCACUGGGCGUGAACCAGGGCACCUGCUCCUUGGCCGUACCCGAAACCUUUCGGUCCGAAGUUCUUGGCGUAGCAAGCUGUAGAGAAAAAUGGUAAAUAUACUGUAUAUUCAGUGAACUCACUUGCCUUCGUAGCAACCUAACCAUGUUCCUAUUGGACAACAGCAACACAAGAGUCACAAGAGCUGAAGCGACUUGUGACGUCAAAAACAACCAAAAGAAACACUCUGAAGUGGUGGCGACACAGCUGCGGUACCAUUGUGUUAAUAAAA